AUGUCAACAGAGUUGAAUAAAUUUAUUUUCACAAGAAAAGAAGAAGAAUUAUUAACUUAUAUGAAACGUUUAGAGUCACUUAGAGCACAAAGAUGUGAACAAGAAUACGCGUUGCAAAUACAAAAAUGUGUAUCAACAACAACAACUUCUUCAACAUCGAAUAUUAACGAAUUUAAACUUAAAGAACGAAUUAACUUGAAAAAGAAAGAAUUAUCAAAUUUAAAAGCAACAAAUCUUGUUAAAGAUAAAGCUAUAGAAAGCAUCGAAAUAGGACGCGUCAUAAUAAAUUCUCUUUAUCCCAAAGAAUUAGAAUUAUCUUUGCAAAAUUCACAAUUCAAUGAAUUAUUAAAUACUCGAGAUUCUUUCGUAUCUGAAUUUUUAAAAUCUCACCAAGAGUUACUUAAAGUUCAAGCCGAGAUGACAAAACUACAACAAGCUAUUAUUGUUCGUCAACAUGAUAAUCGAGAAUUAAUGAAAAAAAUUAAAAAUAUUAAACAAUCAUCUAUAGAUUUCAACUCCAUGCAAAGUGAUUUAUCAAAUACUAUGGCAAAAAUUGAGAUUGUCAAGAAUGUUCUACAGGGUUUAAUUCUGGAAAGUGGAAUAAAUUGGGUGGAGGACGAACAUUUACUAAAAUUGAUGUUAAAAAUUGGCAAUGAUUUGUGA